UACUCUUUCUCUUGUACAAAGCAUAGUAUAAGUAGAGAAGCGUCAUGCUCAACCUCUUCAUUCUACACUUGAGCUAACUAUUGCUUUUCUUUGCUAAGGAAAAAUGGCCUGCUCAAAGAUUUUCCUUCUUCUCGGCCUUACUCUUGCUGUUCUCCUUCUCAUCUCCUCUGAGGUCUCAGCUCGUGAACUUGCUGAGAAUGUCGAAUCCCAGGAAAAUGCACCAGUAGAUAACAAAUAUGGUGAAGGAUAUGGAGGCGGAAACGAAAACGGCAAACAAUAUGGAAACGAAAAUCGGAAACGAUAUGAAAAUGAAAAGGGAAAGGGGUCCAGAAAAGGAAAAGGAAAUAAUGAAUAUGAACAUGGAAAGGGAAAGGGAAAGGGAAAGGGAAAGGAUUAUGAAAAAGGAAAUAACGGAUGUGGAAAGGGAAGUAAUAAUGGACACGGAACGGGAAAAGGAGUAUGAUGGUGAGGAUGGUAUCAAGAAUGAAGCAGGAGAUUAUAUGAAAAAACCCUUUCUCCGGGGCGGCUUGUUUUUGCAUUCAGCACCUGCUAUAUACUUACUCAAAACAAUAACAUUGUAUGCCAAUUAAUAAGGAUGCCUUUCAUGAUUACUCUUAAUCAGAAUGUCUCUGUUCAAACUUCUCAUGUAUAUAUACACCUACACUGUGUACUGUAAUUGUAAUGUCCUUGUACUUGAUGUUAAGGAAUGCAUAAUCCAUGGCCUUUUAUGAAGCUACUUUAGUGUUA